CUCUCAUUUCACAUUAUCAUCAUUACUCAAGCAGAGAAAAGCUGGAGCACAAUGUCUGUGAAAUGGAUGCUGGUGUUUCCUUUGCUUCUAGUGUUCUUUGUGGGCUCAGCUUCUACUGGGAAUGUUCUUGUUUGGCCUGUUGACUUCAGCCAUUGGCUCAAUAUGAAAGCUAUCCUGGAUGAACUGAUAGCCAGGGGCCACCAAGUGACGGUGUUAGUGCCUUCAUCCUUCCUGAUAAUGAACUUCAGUGAGCCGUCCCGAUUUCAAGUGGAAGUGAUCUCUGUUUCAAUCGAAAAAGAGGAUAUGGAAACAAUACUUCAGGAUUUCGUACGUAUAUGGGCUUAUGAGAGGCAUGAGCUUUCUUUUUGGAAAUUUUCCAUGAAGAUUUUUGACCUUAUGAAAGAAAUACUGCACAAAAACAAAAUUAUAUGUGACACAGUUCUGUUGGACGAAAAACUAUUGAAGAAGUUGGAGUCAGCUCAUUUUGAUAUUCUCAUUUCAGACCCAGUCUUAGCUUGUGGGGAACUGGUGGCUGAGAAGCUCAAUGUUCCAUUUAUAUAUUCCUUAAGAUUCACUUUUGGAAACACCAUGGAGCGUCUUUGUGGUGGUAUCCCAUCUCCUCCGUCCUAUGUGCCUGCCAGUCUGGGAGGGCUAACAGACCGGAUGACCUUCCUGCAGAGGAUGGGGAAUAUGCUCUUUUACCUUUCACAAGACAUCUUGUUCCAGCAAUAUCUCUUUAAACAAUGGGAUACUUUCUAUAGUGAAGUUCUAG